UCAAAUUACCAAGACACCCUUCUCCCACCAAAUCUCUUCUUCGGACCCUAAAUCCCCAAAUUUCUGACAAACACUCACAAAUUCCCAAACAUGAACGCAUUCCCUCCCCCUCCACCUCCUCCUCCGGGGGACUCCAAUGCUGAAACCCUAAUCGCUGCAUGCACCGCCAUGCUCUCCCACCGCCGCUUCUCCACAGCCCGCGACUUCGCCCUCCGCCUCCCACCCUCCCACCACACUGUCGCCCACAAAAUCAUCGCCAUCUCCGACGUCCUCUCCGCCGCUCACAGCCGCGACUGGUACUCCCUCCUCCAGCUCAGCUCCUCCGACUUCGCCGGCGAUCUCUCCCUCCCUCGGCAGCAGUUCAAGAAGCUUGCACUCCUCUUAGACACCAACACCAACAACUUCCCUCUCUCAGAUGAAGCCCUCACGUGCCUCGCCGAGGCUUGGCACAUUCUCGCUGACCCCCAAAGGCGCCAAAUUUACGACCUCGAAAUCGCGAGUGAACUGUUGUCGCAGCAGCAACCUCAGCCGCAGCAACCGCCAACACAGCAGCCGCAGCCACAGCAGCCGCAGCCACAGCAGCAGCCGCCGCUCAUGUGGGACACUUUCUGGACGGUGUGCCCGUACUGCUGGAAAAUGUACUUGUACGAGAAGGCGUACGAGGAUUGUGCUUUGAGGUGUGAGGGUUGCCAGAAAGUGUUUCAGGGCGUGCCGGUGAAGCCUCCGGUAAGGGAGGAGACGGCGGUGGUUCAGGGGGAGAGGAGGGAGUACUAUAAGUGCAACGCGAGUGUGCCAUUGAGAUACUACGAGGUUUUGGAGAAGCCGGAAAAUAAGAACUUGAAUGAAGAAAAUUUUGUGUAUAUCUCUGAUGAUGAUGAAGAUAAUGCUUUUGGAAAGGGUAAUGAUGUGGGGAAUGAUGGGAUGGUUCUUCAGGGGAAUGUCAACAAUGGAAGGGUGGAUUUGCGUUGGAAUAGCUAUAAUAAUAUUGGGAAUAACAACAAUGGUAAGGGGAGUAUGAGAGUGAAGACUGUGGCAAAGAAGAUGGUUGGGAACAGGAUGAUGAGGAAGCAGCAAGGAGUGUUUCUUGAUGCUGAUAAUGAUUUAGGUUUGAAUAUGGAUGCAGGCGACGACAGUGGUGAAUUGGAGUUUACACAAGGAGAUGAUGGUGAUAUCUUUGUUGGCGUUCGCUUUGGCGACUGAUUAUGCAAGGAAGAGAGACUACCUGAUUUUUUGAAAGUAGGGGUACUUGAUUUUUUCUCUCUUCUGGCUUGGUUGCAAAGGAGGUCUCUUGUGAAUUGAAACUGAGAGCUUCUACAAGAUUCGGUUGGUUCUCUCAACUUCAUGUUUCCGGGAGCAUUGUUGCUUACUAUAUAUGUUCUAGGAAUAGCAAGGACAUGUAUAUUAGUAGUAUCACUGAAUUGAACUCACCUCAUAAACUGUAUUUACAGUGAGUUCCUUUCUUCUAGGUUAGUCAAACAAAUUUGUUAAGCUAAUUGUGUGUAGAUUUAGUUCAACGGAAUCCACAUUCUUUUCACCAUCUUUUAUGUUUGAUUCAGAAUUUAUAUGUUUUUUAGGUCUCGUUGAUCUUUCAUUUUAGUCACUUUACGUUAUAUGCUCUUGGGAUAUGUGUAUUUUUUCUGAGAUUUUCUUCUUAAGUAUUAUUGAUUUGUAGUUUCUUUGUUUGCCUGAAAAUAUCAUCCUGCUGUAUUCUUUCCCCUAGUAUUUAUUUUGAUGGUGCAGUAUGGCCUUAAGAACAUUUGGUAUUUGUGAUUCAGAAUUUUGUUGAGUCUGUUGUGUCUACUGAAAUUUCCUUUUACCUAAGUCAAUGUUUUAGGAUACUAAUUUAGUCAAGUCCUCUAUUGUGCUUACUCAAAACUGAUAAAGCUAAACAUAAGUGUCAGAUCUCUGCUAGUAAGCCUUUUGAUUUUGUAAAUGAUGGAGCACA